AUUGGUCGCGAACUCCAUACGUCACGGGAUGCCGGAUGACACGUACUCUGGUUGGCUAGAAUACUUUCCUACGUCACCAUUCCCAGCCGGUGGCGAGUGUGGUUGGUGGAAGCAAGACGAGUGUUUGGCGGGAAAGCGGCGCGUCCCUGGCAUGGCAUCACCCUUCCAACCAUUGUUUACCUUUUCCAUUUAAACCCGCUGGCUGCCUUGAACCUGGAACUCACCGUGCACGCAGGUCGUGACACACCCUGAAAGAUAACCCCGCUUGGGAGUAACGUAAGAUAUGGACGUCAGCUUGUGGUAAAUCAGGGGAGUAGCAACAAGUGGUUGUGAGAGGAGAGAGAGAGAGAGAGAGGCGCCAUCAGGAACCCAGGAAGUGUUGGUGGCGGCGUGCCUCACGAUGUGUUGUAGUGAUUGACAAGGUGUAUGUGUAGCUGUAUGCUGUCAGAUAAACACUGCUGCUACGUGUCAUCUGAUCCGUGGAGGGAAGUUUUGGGUGGUGUAGGUUCCUCGUGCAGGCCUGACUAGUAGGAUGGCUGAGGGCAAUGGAGGGGCAACAGGGGAGCCUGUAGCUCACCGCACGCGAGGGGCUUUAGAAGAACUGCCUCGUUCCACCACAAUCACCCUUCACCAGACCUCUCCAGGCAAUGUGGACAACCUCACUUGGUCAGCUACAGUCAAUCUCCCAUCCUCAUAUCUAUCCCCAACACCCUCACCUGAUGAGCUGAUCAUCAGAGAGAGAGGGAGGAGAUCACUACCCAUUGAGUGGUCCCCUAUACCCAUUGAAAGUCCCAUCAAGCGAACAGACAAGACUCCUAUCAAGAGAUCUCCUACCAAAGGCUUGAUUGUCCUUCGUUCUUCACCCAGAAAGCGCCUGCAACUGUCUGAUGCUUCACCAAAGGAGAUUCUAGAGAGUAGACAGAGAAUGAUGCAGAUGUCUCCAAUUUUGAAGAAGUGUAGGAGCCUGACAGUCUCUCCUGCACAGUCUCCCCCUGAGGUGGCUAUCAAGGGCCUUUCCCAAAACCAGUUGGUGGAGGUGCUAAGUCAUGUACUGAAUAGACACCCAGAACUAAAAGAUGAAGUUUCUGACAUCCUGCCUCAACCAGAUCUGAAAGAGAUGGAAGAGAAAUUAAAUCUCCAGAAAAAAUGUGUAUUCAAGUCCCUGCCAAUUUCAAGGCUUACCUCCAAGACCGAUUCACCUGCUUAUAACAAGGCAGCCCCACAUCUUGCAAGCUUUAAGAGGACCUUGUUAGAGCAGUGCAACCAGUUGGUAGAGGCAGAGCAGUGGGUGAGUCUUGUGGACUACUCCCUGCUGGCCUGGUCAUAUGUGCGUGCCACUCCCAUCUGGGAUUCACAGCAACACAACAGCUGCCGACGUACAUGCUUCAAAACCCUUGCCCAGCACUGCCUCCAGGGUCUGAAGAAGGUUAACUGGCUACCUGAGCGACUGGAGAGCUUGCUGAAGAAGGUGGAGCAGUGUCGCUCUGACCAUGAUGAAAUGCAGCCGUGUGUGGAUUACCUGCGCACUGUGCUUAGUAACCAAGUAUGAUGUUUGCAGCCAUCAAAUGCUACAAGUUGAUCAUGACCCUCUGGAAGAUUAAGUGUUUUCAUUCUCUUAAAUGAUGAAAAAUUCUGUUUAGUAAUAUUUUCAUCUUUCAACAAAUCUAGUUGUUUCAGAACUAGGUAUAAGUUUGUUUUUUUGUGGUUACAUCAGUCUUGCAAUACUCAUCAUUAAGUUGAUCAUUGUUAUAGUCUGUCAUUGACAUUGGUACAACAUCACACCAAAAGGAAAACAGAAAACAGCGAUACAGGAUGUAGCUUGAGUAUCACUAUUACAAUUAAUUUUGUCUUUUACACAGAAUCUCAUCUUUAAAGAAAUGGUGUUCUUAAUGUUUCUUGUAGCAUUCUUGUUAUUUUGAUGAUCUUGAAAAAGUCUAUAUCUCUGGAGAAGACACAGUGAAGUUUGUAGUGAAAUAUGAAAACCAUGACAUUAUCAGUCAGGAAAGUGAAAAAUAGUCUAUAAUUCUGUGGAUCUUGGGACCAACAAUAUUAAUGCUAUGCACAAAAGGAAAUGUAUGCUGUGACACCAUGAUAGACUGAAGAUGUCAUGGGGAUCAGAACCAAUGAAGUUUAGUUAAUGGACAAAUUGCACAAAGCAGCACAGCUUGUUGAGAUAUCUAGAUUACUGAACUAAUAAUAUUGACUGCUGUGAUCAUCAGGAAAGAAAUAUAACACACAGAACAAAUUCUCAAGCAGUAACUUGAAAAAUCUUGCAUCAGAAGCAGGCUUAUAGAGAUACACUUGAUGCUCAAGCUUGAGAACAGCCGAGGCAUGGGCAUGCUGUCAAUGUAUACUGAAAUAUUUAAUGAAAAGUGGAAAUUAUGACGCUUGUGGUAUUUAUGAGUGUUUCAAGUUCUCUCAUGACUUAAUGGAAAAAAGAUGUAACUGACAGUGACUUAAAAUAUUCCAAUCCAGAUUAUAAUGAAAAGAAAAUGAUGGUGGAGCAAUUGUUAGAGUAUUUCAUUUUAAUGUUUUGAAUAUGAAUGUUCAUUUUUUUUUUUUUUUACAAGGUUUUAGGCAUUAUUAUAAUAAUGGUUACAAUAACUAUUAUUAUUAUUAUUAUUAUUAUUAUUUUACUUAUGUAAAUAAUGAUAGUUUUAUAUAUUUAUAGAUGCCAGUUUUGUAAUGUUCAAUUUUUAAGGUUGUUAGUAAGAUAUAUGAUGAGAGUUGACUGGGGAAGUAGUUAUCUUUAGUUCAUCUUUCCCUUACAGUAUGUUCCUCUGAUUGCCAAGAAGGUUAUUUUCAUAACUUUAGAUAGUCUAGGCUAACCACUUAAUUCUGUGUUUUGAAUGUUGUGAAUUUAGAAAGUUAUGCCCGAGUCUCUGCGUUUCCAUUACUAUGUUCAUGUACAGUCAAGGCAAGGAAAGUUUGCUGACUUGUAUCAGACACUCAGGGACUGAUAUUGUGAAUAUGAAUCACUUACAUCAAUGGACUGCCUUCGUUUUAUAUAUUUAUUGAGGUAUUUAGGUUAUUUAUUUUGUACAGAUAUUUGUACACACACACACACACACACACGGAUAUCCACAUUUUUUUUUUUUUUUUUUUUUUUUUUUUUUUUUUUUAGCAAUGCCAAGGAUCACCAUUUUUGUUGUACUAUAGUCAGUUGAAGGAAUCUAGUCAUAAUGGGGUGUAAUUGGCACAUAUGUCAUCCUAGCUGCCAAAACAGACAAUUUUUGACUAAAGAGAUAGGUGGUACAAUAAUUUCUUAGUAGCAUGUACAGUUACUGUCGUUCUUUAGUUUAAUGGACUAAAGAGGACAAAAGGUGGCUUUAUGUUGAGGAUUCUUUAGGUUGAUUUUACCCAUGAUUGUUGCUAAAAAGAACAUAGUCAGGAAUCUAUAGACCAGAUCAUGUUAUGUUCAUUCACAAGUCAGCCCAUAUCUGAUACUUGUUGUCUGACAUUUAAGAUUAUUUAUUGUUUUUAACAAUCCCAGAAAUAUGCCAUCCUGUUUGAUCAUUGUUCUUCAUCAUCAAUACCACAUGGAUGAGGUCAUAAAAUCAGGGAUGCAUAGAGUAUUUGCUACCGAGAUUUUGUAAAUCAGGGUUGCUGUUAAAAUUACAGACAUUCUUUAUUGUUUAUAGCUCUUCUGUCAAGAUCAUCACAGUUUUGACUUGUGUCCUCAAACUUAGGCCUCAGACUGUACAGUAGAAAAGAAAGGGAAAAACAGUAGGGCAUGCAUUUCCAGCCAGUAUCAUUAUUUUAUUAUUUAUAUGAUAUGUAUAAGGAUUCAGUCAUAAAUUGAUUAGCAGAGUUUUGUAGGAAAUGUACAAAUGUUAAGAUGUAAAGUACACUCUACUUUCAUUAUUUCUAACUGUGUAACAUGUUAUUGAUCACUGCUUGGGAAACUGAAUUUGAAGAAGCCAAAUUUCUACAUGGCUGUUCACAGUUAUUGAUAAUACAGCAAUGGUGAUGUGCAGCAUUGUUUAUGCCAUCACAUCUCAAAGGUUACCAAGCUGCUGGAAGAACAUUUUUCACAUAGAUGACAGCAGUGGUAUGCUUGGAACUUGAUGGCUGUGAAGUUUAAGUACAAUAUGUGUAAGUUAAGACCAAGGAAUUUUUUUUUACUUGACACAUCUUGAAACUUAUAUUUUUCCCUCAUUGAGGUGUAUAGUGUUGUCCUUGCUAACCAGGUGUAAGAUGUUACUGCACAUUCAGUUACUGUAAAUCUGAAGGAGAAAUCUUCAUUGACCAAUCUUAAGUCAGCAAAUUUUUUAAUACAUUUCUUCCAUAAUAUUUCCUUAUAAUUAUAUAAAACAUUGUGUCAUUAUAUUACAAAGGUUUUGUUGGCAGUUCCCAGGUGGUGCCACUAGAUCCAAAUUACUUAGGAAAUUAAUUUCCAUUAGUUUAAGUGUCAACUAUGAUAAAAGUUAACAGAUUUAUAAAUUUUGCCUGUUGCAUGAUGGGCAACCAAAAUGAUCAUGGGUAGAGAUACCAAUGUCAUGGGGGAGUGGCUAUGUAGUACAUGACAAACAUAAAUAAUAGUGGUAUUUCUGGCAGCAGAGGAAGGGUGUGGCUAACAGCCUAACUAAUGAGCUUUGAAUGUGCCUUACAAAAAGAGAAAACUCUUAAUGGUCUCACACUUAACAUUUUUUUUUAUUCUAAUUAUUAAAAGUCCAUAUGUGUCCAGUUUUUAAUAAAAUUUUUAGUAAGAA